AUGUCUGUGACUGCGAAGACUACCCACAGCAUGGACAAUGUCCCAACGGACAACGAGAAAGGUUCCCUGCACCUCACAACAACAGAUGACGCCCGUCUCGCUCAACUUGGUCACGUUCAGGAACUGAAACGAACAUUCUCGCUUCCAAAGCACGGCGACCUCGCUGACCCUUUUCAUAGUGUCAUCUCUUUCAUUGGGACUGUUGCCAUCGCCACGUCUCUUGCCGAGCUGGCUUCAAUCUUCCCGACCGCAGGCGGGCAGUACCACUGGGUCGCCGCCCUUUCACCUCCGAGCCACCGUCAAGCGGCCAGCUGGUUUACAGGUUGGAUCUCGAUUGGUGGACAAAUAUGUUUGACUGCCUCAGCAGCCUUUGCAGGGGGUCUUCAGCUUCGCGGAAUAAUCUCGCUCAACGACGAUAGCUAUGUGCCCAAGCAGUGGCAAGGUCUCCUCUUCUAUUGGGCGGUGCUAUUGUAUGCUCUAUUGUCGAAUCUGCUGAACACGAGCGUUCUCGCAAAGAUGAACCUUGCUGCAGGUGUACUCCACGUGGUCGGUUUCCUUGCGCUCACCGCGGUGAUUGGCGCCAUGUCAGACAAACACUCUGCAAGCUAUGUCUUCACUGAGGUUGUCAAUUCCACGGGAUGGGCGAGCGAUGGCCUCGCCUGGCUGAUUGGGAUGCUGAGCACUGUGUAUCCAUUUCUUGGUUACGAUGCGGCAGCUCAUAUGGCCGAGGAAAUUCCCCACGCUGCUCGCAACGUUCCUAUUGCCAUGGUCGGAAGCGUGGUGGCCAAUGGCCUCCUAGGCUUUAUCUACUGUCUGGUCCUCCUCUUUGGGUCAGGCGACCUCAGCAGUAUACUCGAGACGAACACCGGCUUCCCUUUCAUGCAGUUAUUCCUCAAUGUUACCAAAAGCCGAGCUGGCGCGAUAGUUAUGUCACUCGUCCCAACUGCCAUCGCAGUGCUAGCCACGGCGGCGGGCCUGGCAUCCACAUCGCGGACUUUCUGGGCUUUCGCACGCGAUGACGCGGUGCCCGCGCCGAAGUUUUGGUCGCAUGUCAAUAAGCGGCUUGACAUUCCCGUGAGGAUGGUUCUGCUGGUCUUCGUGCUUCAGGUACUCCUGGGCUUCCUCUACCUUGGCAGCACAACCGCAUUCAACGCCGUGCUCGCCAUGGCGAUCAUCGGCAUGUAUCUGUCAUACGCACUGCCGAUCGUGUACAUGCUGUUUUGCGGCCGUGGGAGUACUCGUGUUGAACCGGCACCAUUCCGGAUGAGCCGCAAGAUUGGAAUAGCCACGAAUAUUGUGGCACUCCUUUGGCUCGUGUUGGCCAUCUUCUUUAGCACGUGGCCGAAUUUCUAUCCUGUGACACUAGAAACUAUGAACUGGAGUAUUGUGGUGCUUGCGGGGUGGGUUGUCGUCGGAGCCGUGUACUAUGUUGUUUGGGGCAGGAAGAUAUAUGAGGGGCCUAUUGUUGACGCGUUCCAUGGGUAG